GGCAGAUUACCCUGUGUGGACGUGCUGCUAUACAUCGUCCUACGAAGACCGAGUCGCGGUUAUGUUCUUCGAAGGUGACUGGGAAACACGUCGGGGUGCCGGACUCGUCAUUGACUGUAAGGUGUCCAAGGUCAUCAUGCCGUACAUGCUUGUGAAGGAGAUAGAGUUUUUAUCAAGAGACGAGGCACUGUUACUCUUCCAUAGCGAGGAAGAUGUCACAAGUAUCGCCGUGUACUCUUUCCCUCUCCAGAGGAUCCUGUGUAGAUGCCAAUUCCCUUUCCCAAAGUCUCCGUCCAAUGUCCAGUUUGAGACUCGAGCAGACUCCCGAGUUCAGGACAAUCGUCCCGUCUCCCUUGGGCGGAGCUUCAUCGCUGACCCGCAGAUGUGCACCUCCCUGUUGAAGAAGCACCCAGGUCGAACAAGUUUCCAAUGGGAGGAGUGGGGCCCAACCGUCACCAGGUGGAUCCCCUCCGCUAUUAAAGCGACCGGAGGUGAUAAUGUGUAUGGGUGUCGCAUGAUUGCUUGGGGAGACCCCUCCGUCUUGCAUCCUCAAUGUUGGUGGUCACCAAGCCUCAUUCUGUUGGACUUUAAUCCGAGGCCAAUUCGACGAGGUGCCACCACUCGUAUCCAAGGAGAAUCCCAAGAAAUUGUCAUUGAUCAAGAGACCAUAAUAACAGAAGCGCAUACCGGAGUCCUCAUCAAGUCUAGUUUACCUUAUAGGGCAUUCACCACUUCUUGGUUCGUCAAUGCUGCUACCUAUAGAUUCGAUGGCACUACUAUUGUAGAAAGAGGAUAUAACUCGAUCUUUAUGACGGUACCUAUCGUUUCGACCCAUAACAGCUUGUGGAACCCGCCAAGGAACGACUUCAGGGGUGUAAAAAAUUUGGACGUCCAUGGACAUAGCGAGUCAGGGUCCAUAGACCAUGCCUCGUUCGCAUUCGCCCUCAUGUAUUUCAAUUAUUCCAGACGCUCAUCAAGAGUCCUUCAGACAAAUAACUCGAGAUCUCAGUUUCGAAAACCGUUCAAUUCGAAAUUCAGUUUUGAAUCUCUUUGGAUGUCAUUGACUGCUGUUGAACGGAUUCCUGUCGAGAUCUGGCGCCAGAUCUUGGAAUGUGCCAUUGCUUCCCCUCUCCUCCCUUUCACAGAACAAGGCACUCCACUCUCAGGAUUUUUAGAACAUGAAGAGUAUCUUCAAACACUCAUACCUAAUGUUGCUAUUCUCAUUUUGCCUGCGUUGCAGACAUCCUCUCUGAGGGUUCUCAUGCCACUUUUGAACCUAGUGGCAUUGUCAUUGGACUGUCCUUUACCAAGGCUCCAGAGUGCCUUAUCGGGCAAAAGUGGA